AUGCAGGAGUUCAAUGAGUUCUCAAAUAAUCUUGAAUUGGUUGAUGUUCCUAUGUAUGGAAGGAAAUAUACUUGGAGUAAUUCACAAUCAGGAGAAGAUGACAGCGAUUGGGGUCCCAAGCCAUUUAAAUUUUUAAUUGCUUGGGUGUUACAUCCUAACUUUAUCAAAGAAGUUAAAAGGGCUUGGGCUUUUAGGAUUUGCAAUGUGGAGUCCAAGUUCAAAGCAGCUGAAGCAGAGUUACAUUCAUGGGAUCUCAUUGCUGAAGAAAGACAUCUUUUAGAAACAGAAGUUAGAAAAAGAAUUGAAGUCAGAGAUGAAGUAUGGAAGCUUAGAAAAAUGAGAGAGUGGAUCUGGUUGCAAAAAUCAAGAUUGAAUUGGGCCUUAAAAGGGGAUAAAAACACCUGGUUCUUUCACAUAAUGGCAUCUAGAAGGCAAAGUAGGAAUCUUAUUGAUUCUCUUAAGAUUAAUGGUAUUUUAUAUGAGGAUCCUGUGGAGAUAAAAAAGGCAAUGUGGGUUCACUUUAAAGAGUUGUUCACUGAAGGUUGGAAAAUUAGGCCAAUACUAGGGGUGAGUUUAUAUGCAUUAAUCAAGGUUAGCUACAGAAUUGUUUGGUGA